AUGGACGCCGAAGCGGAUCCCCCACCUCCUCCACCGACCGGGGGUCCCCCUCAAUCUGGGGGGGCCCCCCUUAACCUCCCCUUGAUCCUGGAGGAGCUACGGGUGCUUCAACAACGCCAACUCCACCAGAUGCAGAUGACGGAGGAGAUCUGCCGGCAAGUUCUACUUUUGGGGACCCUAGAGCACCCCAAAACCCCCCUACCCCCCUUCACCGCCAAAAACGACCCCCCCAAACCCCAUUUCUUCCAUCUUUUCCCUCCUUUCCCCACCGGAACGCGAGGGCUCAAAACCGAACCCCACGGUGGCGGCGUCACCGCCGCCGCCUUCCUCCCAGCGUUGGCUGGAGGAUCUUCACCGGGUCUUCUGCGCCCCAAAAAUAUCGGGGGGGAUUCAGGGACCCCCCGGCACGAGUGCGGUUUUUGCGGGAAAGCUUUCGGCAGCGAUAGCGCCCGGCAAAUCCACCUCCGGUCCCACACCGGCGAAAGACCUUACAAAUGCAACGUCUGCGGCAACCGCUUCACCACCCGCGGCAAUUUGAAGGUCCAUUUCCACCGGCACCGCGAGAAGUACCCCCACGUUCAGAUGAACCCCCACCCCGUCCCCCAACACCUGGAUUACCUCCUCCCGGCGCCGGCGUCCACCCAACAUCUCACCGGAGCCGCCCAACAUCUCGCCGGGGCCAGCCAACACCUCGCCGGGGCCAACCAACAUUCGUCUGCGCCCAGCCAACUCAACGUGGCCGCUCAACAUCUCAACGCGGGCACUCAAAACCUCGCCGGGGCCGCCCAACCGCUCGCCGGGGCCACCCAGCAGCUCGCCGGGGCCGCUCAACCGCUUGCCGGGGCCACCCAACAUCUCGCCGGGGCCAACCAACAUCUCGCCGCGCCCACCCAGCCGCUCGCUGGGGCCACCCAACAUCUUACCGCGGCCAACCAACUCAACGCAGCCGCCCAACAUCUCACCGGGGCCACCCAGCAUCUCACCGGGGCCACCCAGCAUCUCACCGGGACCACCCAGCAUCAAACCGGGACCACCCAACUCAACACGGCCACCCAGCCCGUCAACGCGACAGCUCAACCCGUCAACGCAACCGCCCAACAUCUCACCGGGGCCGCCCAACCUCUCGCCGCGGCCACCCAACAUCUCACCGGCACCACCCAACUCAACGCGGCCGCCCAACACCUCACCGGGGCCGCCCAACCUCUCGCCGCGGCCACCCAACACCUCGCCGCGGCCACCCAUCACCUCGCCGCGCCCACCCAACACCUCACCGCCUUCCACAAGCUUCUCCUGCUGAAGGCCACCGAGGGAAGAUCCAAGGGGGGCGAUGAGAACACCCCUCCCGGCAAACCCCCCGGUUGGGCGCUCUUGACGGGUCGUUUUAAGGGAUCCCCCCUUUUUUUGGAGACCACCCCCUCGGAGACCUCCAAACUUCAACAACUGGUGGAGAAGAUCGACCCCCCAAAUCCGUCGUCGUCGUCGUCGUCAUCGUCGCCGGAUCCGCCUCGACACCAGUGCCCGGUUUGCCGACGGGUGUUGAGUUGCCCUCGAGCUUUACGGUUACAUUUUGGGCAACACGGGGGGGUUGCGGGGGGAAUUUUUGGGGGGGCCGAGCGCCCUUUUCGGUGUAAGAUUUGCGGGCGUUGCUUCUCCACCCGCGGUAAUUUACGGGCGCAUUUCGGGGGGCACCGGGGGGGCCCCCCAAAUUCUUGCCCCCUCUGCCAGAAGAAAUUCACCAACGCCCUCAACCUCCAACAACACGUCCGGCUUCAUUUGGGGGGGCAGCUUCCUAACGGAGGGGGAACCCCCCAAUUAGGGGGGAUCCCCCAAAUAGGGGCUAACCCCCAACAAGGGGGGAGCCCCCAAAUCGGGGGGACACCCCAAGAGGAAGAGGAGGCGGACGCGCCCGUCACCCAACGCGGGGUGGAGAGUUUGCUGCAGAAGUUCGCGGCCCAGGAAUUGAUCGAGGUGAGGAGGGGGUUGCUUCAAGAUGGACCAUCUCAACCUACCUUGGUCACCUACGCCGAUCACUCGAAGCUUUCCGCCAUGACCGGCGCCGUUAUCGAAACCGGAGGACCUCCGACGAAAGAUCCUCCCGGAAGAAAACGACGGGCGGAACAAGACGGAAGCGGAACGUCAAUGAUGGCGACGACGGGGGGAGGAGAAACAGGGAAGGAAGCGAUGAAGAAGUCGCGGAAGCAAGCAUCCGACGUGGACUUGGAGAUCGAGAGUUUGCUUAGUCAGCAAUCCACCAAGGAGCAGCAGAGCAAGAAG